UUUAAAAAAUAAAUCUUCAAUCACAGAAUAAAAUUAGAUCAUUGAUUUUCAACAAAAUUAAGAUAUGUCUGACAACAGUGUUAUAAGUUUUGCAUUGAUUUUUAUUUUAAUCGUGAGCAAUAUCGUAUGCUAUUUGUAUUAUAAUAAUAACUUUGCAAGCUAUGAUGAGCGAGUGAUAAAUUUGAUUAAAAAAGUAAUAAUAAGUAAUUAUCGUUACAUUACAUCCGACGAAAAAAGGAUUUUUGAAGAAUUAAGGGUUAAUGUUGAAACAGGACUGAAUAAAAAUUAUGCGGGGUGGUAUACGACUGACUAUACAAAAUAUAUUGAAUUAUGCGAAUUCAGCAUUAAAUUAUUACAAUAUUAUGCAAUACACAAUGAUCAGAAAUAUCUAGAUAUAGUCAAUAAAUUGAUUACGUGGUUCGAAACUCACGCAUUUCCAGAAAUACAUUCAAAAAUAAAGAGCUCAAUUUUGGGUGAAUAUGAGUUAAGUAACUAUAUGAUUCGAUUUCUUGUAAUAUAUGAAGUAAUUGUUGUCGAUAGAAGGGAUAAUAAUGAAAUAAAGACAAUAUGCCAUAAUUUUAUAAUUAAAUAUAUUCCAAAAUUAUAUAAUUUAGAAACUGUGCCAUCGAGAGAUCGUUUUAGUCUUUUCCAAAUUUAUGGUAGUAUAGCUAGAUUAUUAUCAAAUUAUUUGAAUAAUUCUGGAAUUUACAAUAACGAUAUAAAGAAUACAGAUAUGGAAGGUUUUAAAAAUAUGCUAAAAUCAUAUAUUCCGGCAACGACUGAUCCCACUUUACUAACAGAUUAUAAUUUUUACUAUGGUGUUUGUUACGCAUUCAAUUUUUGGAAGGAACAUUAAUUCAAAUACAAUUUUAUAACAGUAUGUAUUAAUUAAGCCAACGGUAAAUAAAAAUGAAGUAAAAAAUAAAAAAUUUAAAAAACGGUUGACCCUGCAAGACAACCCCAAAACUAUCCGCUGUUUUCGAGUUCAGGGAGCUCACCAAGGCUUAGAACUGAUUACAUUUUUAAACGAAUCGGGCAAGUGGUUUAUCAGUUAUACAAAAAAAACCU